UUGACCUCAUCAGCUGUCUCUGAGAAGAAGCAUCAUGUCUCAUCACUCCAUCCUCAGCAGCUCUGGGCACAAGCACUUCAGCUCCUGUUCAGUAGCUUUACCUAAACAUGUGAGUGCACACAGCACCUUCUCCCACCACUCCAAACCUGCAGCUCAUGGACACAAAACAACCUUUAGCAGUAAAAGUGCCCACACUAUUAGAUCCAAGGCACAUAAGAUGUCAUUGGGAAGCUUCCACUCAGGGAAAAGUGGACAUGGAUCUGGACAUGGUGCUGGUGGAAUAGAUUCUGGAUUUGGGGGAUGCUCUGCAGGUAUCACACCUGUAACUGUGAACCAAGGUCUUCUGGCACCUCUUAACUUGGAGAUUGAUCCAAGCAUCCAGAGAGUCAGAACAGAAGAAAAGAACCAAAUUCGGGGACUUAAUGACAAGUUUGCUUCCUUUAUUGACAAGGUAAGAUUUUUGGAGCAGCAGAACAAGAUGCUGGAGACUAAGUGGGCUCUUCUCCAAGACCAGAAAACUGCCAGGAGUCAGAUAGAACCUCUGUUUGAGGCUUUCAUAAGUAACCUCCAGAGACAGCUGGAGAAUCUCCAAUGUGAGAGAGCACGUCUGGAAGCAGAAAGGAACAGCAUGGAACAAAAUGUGGAGGAAAUCAGGAGAAGGUAUGAAGAAGAAGUCAACCGACGGACAGCUGCUGAAAAUGAGUUUGUUGGACUAAAGAGGGAUGUAGAUGUUGCCUUCAUGAACAAAGCUGAGUUACAAGCAAAGGCCGAUUCCCUGAAUGAUGAGAUUAACUUCAUGAGAACUCUCUUUGAUGCAGAAAUUGCUCAGCUUCAGGCUCAGAUCUCAGAUACCUCUGUGGUUGUGUCCAUGGAUAACAGCCGAGAUCUGGACUUGGAUGGAAUAAUUUCCGAGGUCAGAGCUCAAUAUGAGGAUAUAGCUAACAGAAGCAGAGCUGAAGCAGAGGCCAUGUACCAGUCACGGUUUGAAGAGCUCCGCAUGGCGGUGGGAAGAAAUGGGAAUGAUCUGCAGAGCAGCAGAGAGGAAAUCUGUGAAUUAAACCAAACAAUUCAAAGGCUGAAGGCAGAGAUUGAUAAUGUAAAAGCUCAGCGUUCUGCUCUGGAAUCUGCUAUUAACGAGGCAGAGGAACGCGGAGAGGCUGCUAUCAGGGAUGCCAAGAGCAAACUUUCUGAGCUGGAAGCUGCUCUGCAGAAGGCCAAGCAGGACAUGGCCCGCCAACUGCGAGAAUACCAGGAGCUGAUGAAUGUGAAACUUGCUCUGGAUAUUGAAAUUGCCACCUACAAGAAGAUGCUGGAAGGCGAGGAGCACAGGUUGUCUUCUGGUGACUCUAUUAAUAUCUCUGUGGUGCAUUCCAGCACUGGAGGAAAACACAGCACAGGAGGAAUGACUCAUGGAAGUGGCCAUCAUCAUAUGAGGGGCUACAGCCAUGUGUCCAAAAGCAAGCAGCACACCUCUGGCCAUGGGCAUUACUGCUAAAGUGGAUGUACUGUAUACAUUUUAACUAAAGAACUACAAGCAUAUUAUCUAAAAAUUAAAAAAAAAUUCCUUGAGCUGAAACAUUAUUAUGUAGUACAAUUUGUACAUAUAAUCAAGGCAUAAAUCUUUAAUAAACUUUCAUUUGCACCA